GCUGGGAUUUGGAGUCCCUUUCCUUCUCCUUCUCGGGUACAAGACCCGGAAACCGCUGCUGGCCUGUGCGUCACGCGUGGCGCCGGCGCAGAACGAGAGAGAGGCGGGAACGCCGUGAAGCCAAAGCGGUCGACUGAGCCGAGAGGCAAACUUCAGCUUUGUGCCUCGGGGCAGGUCAUGGCACCCCACGAGGCCUAGAGGUCCAGCACCCGCGGCGAGCCACUGGCAGUCCUCCUUCCGCUGUGUCCGACGAGUGUCCUGAUUACAGUGAACAUGUUGGUGCCGCUGGCCAAGCUGUCCUGCCCCGCAUAUCAGUGCUUUCAUGCCUUAAAACUUAAGAAAAAUUAUCUACCUCUGUGUGCUACAAGAUGGGCUUCAACUUCCGUUGUACCUCGAAUUACUACCCACUAUACUAUUUAUCCCCGGGAUAAGGACAAACGAUGGGAAGGAGUGAAUAUGGAGAGGUUUGCAGAAGAAGCAGAUGUAGUAAUAGUUGGUGCCGGCCCUGCAGGGCUCUCUGCCGCUAUUCGGCUAAAGCAGUUGGCUGCUAAACAUGAAAAGGAUAUCCGUGUGUGUCUUGUGGAGAAAGCUGCUCAAAUAGGAGCUCAUACUCUUUCAGGGGCUUGCCUUGAUCCACGGGCUUUUGAAGAACUGUUCCCAGACUGGAAGGAGAAGGGAGCCCCACUUAACACUCCUGUAACAGAAGACAGGUUUGGAAUUUUAACAGAGAAAUACAGAAUUCCUGUGCCAAUUCUUCCAGGUCUUCCAAUGAAUAAUCAUGGCAAUUACAUUGUACGCUUGGGACAUUUAGUAAGCUGGAUGGGAGAGCAAGCAGAAACCCUUGGUGUUGAAGUAUACCCUGGUUAUGCUGCUGCUGAGGUCCUUUUUCAUGAAGAUGGUAGUAUAAAAGGAAUUGCCACUAAUGAUGUAGGCAUACAAAAGGAUGGUGCACCAAAGACAACAUUUGAGAGAGGACUAGAACUACAUGCCAAAGUUACAAUUUUUGCAGAGGGUUGCCACGGACAUCUAGCCAAGCAACUAUAUAAGAAGUUUGAUUUGAGGGCCAAUUGUGAACCCCAAACCUAUGGAAUUGGACUGAAGGAGCUAUGGAUUAUUGAUGAAAAGAAGUGGAAACCUGGGAGAGUAGAUCACACUGUUGGCUGGCCCUUGGACAGACACACUUAUGGAGGCUCUUUCCUCUAUCAUUUAAAUGAAGGGGAACCCCUGGUAGCUCUUGGUUUUGUGGUUGGUCUGGACUAUCAAAAUCCGUACCUGAGUCCAUUUAGAGAGUUCCAGAGGUGGAAACACCAUCCCAGCAUUCAGCCAACAUUGGAAGGUGGGAAAAGGAUAGCUUAUGGAGCCAGAGCUCUCAAUGAAGGUGGCUUUCAGUCUAUACCAAAACUCACCUUUCCUGGUGGUUUACUAAUUGGUUGUAGCCCUGGUUUCAUGAAUGUUCCCAAGAUCAAAGGCACCCACACAGCAAUGAAAAGUGGAAUUUUGGCAGCAGAAUCUAUUUUUAAUCAACUAACUAGUGAAAAUCUCCAAUCAAAGACGAUAGGACUCCAUGUAACUGAGUAUGAGGACAAUUUGAAGAAAUCAUGGGUGUGGAAAGAGCUAUAUUCUGUUAGAAAUAUAAGACCCUCCUGCCAUGGAUUCCUGGGUUUAUAUGGAGGGAUGAUUUACACUGGAAUCUUUUACUGGAUACUCAGAGGAAUGGAGCCAUGGACUCUGAAACAUAAAGGUUCUGACUCUAGUCAGCUCAAGCCAGCCAAGGAUUGCACACCUAUUGAGUAUCCAAAACCUGAUGGACAGAUUAGUUUUGACCUUUUGUCAUCUGUGGCUUUGAGUGGUACUAACCAUGAACAUGACCAGCCAGCUCAUUUAACCUUAAAGGAUGACAGUGUACCUGUAAAUAGAAAUCUGUCAAUAUAUGAUGGGCCCGAGCAGCGAUUCUGCCCUGCAGGAGUUUAUGAAUUUGUACCUUUGGAGCAAGGUGAUGGAUAUCGGUUACAGAUAAAUGCUCAGAACUGUGUGCAUUGUAAAACAUGUGAUAUUAAAGAUCCAAGUCAGAAUAUUAACUGGGUGGUACCCGAAGGUGGUGGAGGACCUGCUUACAAUGGAAUGUAAACUGCAACUGAUUUCAUUUGCAGGCAAGUUUGAUAACGACUUUCUUUAAAAUAUAUGGUAAGCUAACUUUAAAAUGUUGAGAAGUUAGCAGGUGUCAAAAUAUCUUACAGCGUAUUAUUGACCAGAAUGUUCAUAAAAUAUCAGGGAAAUACAAAUUUUAUACUAUACCUAAAAUUGUCCCACAAA